GCACCGUGGGCCAUGGAACCCACAGCAGGGCCUGUGCUCUACCAGAAGCUGCUGGUCUGGGAACCAAGCUUGGAGUCUGAGGAGGAAGAGGGGGAGAUAUCGGAGCAGCUCAUUCCAGAUCCCUCGGGGCCCCAGGACUCCUCUGGGAACAAGGCUGGCAGUCUGCCCGGGGCCUGGGCCCAACUGCUGGCUGCCCUGCUGCUGCUGCUGGCCGCUGGCUUCUCCCUGGCCGCAAGGCAACUCCGCAGCAGCAGUGCCUCUCCAGGAACCUUGGGCUCUGGGGCCGCUCCAGCCAGCGGGCACUCCCACAGGCCUGGCGUGUACCACCGCGGCGGCAUCUUCAGCCCUGCAGCCACGUGCUCCCACCUGGGCGAGCUGUUUGUUGCCGGGGGCAACGUCGUGGAUGCUGGAGUUGGAGCAGCUUUGUGUCUGGCGGUGGUGCAUCCUCACGCCACAGGGCUAGGUGCCAUGUUCUGGGGCCUCUUCCAUAAUAGCUCCUCAGGCAACUCAACCACCCUGACGUCAGGCCCAGUCCAGACCCUGGCCCCCGGCCUGGGGCUACCCUCGGCUCUGCCUGCCCUGCAUUUGCUACACACAUGCUUUGGCCGCCUGCCCUGGCCACACCUGCUGGUAGGCCCCACCACGCUGGCUCAAGAGGGCUUUCUGGUAGACACAUCCCUGGCCAGGGCUCUGGCAGCCCAGGGCACAAAGGGCCUCUGUCCCCUACUCUGCCACACUGAUGGGACUCCCCUGGGCCCUGGGGCCCGAGCCACCAACCCCAAACUGGCAGCUGUGCUCCACCGGGCUGCACUUGCCCCCGCCCCAGACCUUGCCAGGGAUGCUCUACUCAGUCUGCUGGCCGGAGACCUGGGGCUGGAGGGCCCCUCAGCUAGGCCCAUGCCCACCUUAGAGCCAGCACUGCAGCUACCUGUGCCCCAGGGCAUCCUGUUCACCACCCCCAGCCCCUCAGCUGGCCCGGAACUCCUGGAACUGCUGGAGGCAGCUCUACAUUCCGGGGGGCGCAGCCCUGCCCCCUGCCCAGCACUCCUACGAGCUGCUGUCACCCCCGGGAGCGGUGUCCUGGCCACCGUGGACAGCAGCGGCUCUGUGCUCCUUCUCACCUCCUCGCUCAACAGUUCCUUCGGCUCUGGACACCUGUCCCCAAGCACUGGGGUUCUACUCAGCAACCUGGUGGCCGAGUCUGCAAACAGUGCCUGGGCCUGUCCCCUCAUCCUUCUUGACAGCUCAGAUGACACAGAGGCCGCUGUGUUGGGGCUCGUGGCUUCAGGGACCCCUGCAGCUGCCAGAGUCAUGGCUCACACACUGCUCAGCCACUCGGCCGGGCCCCAAACCCAGGCCCAGCAAGGACCAACAGAGAGCCCCGGAGCUUGUGGCCAAGGGACCCUGCUUCAGGUGGCAGCCCACGCAGAGCACGCCCAUGUGUCCAGUGUCCCCAGUGGCUGCUGCUCCUUUCAGGGGUUUUAAGGUGGGGCGGUGCCUGGCAGGGGUGGGUGGGAGUAGGGGUCUCAAGCCUGGAGGC